AAUGCUGCGAGCCAAGGCCGGCGGCUGGCUGGCUGGUCGGCGACGCUCGGUGUGCUGGCAGCAGGCAUGGCGGACGGUCCGACGCUGCGCGUGGCUCAGGGGGCCCUGCGUGGCAGCAGCGUGUGGGGCGCCCGGGGCGGCAGCUGCCUCGCCUUCCGCGGCCUCCCCUACGCACAGCCGCCUGUCGGGGAGCUGCGCUUCAAGCCGCCGCAGCCGGGCGCUGCCUGGAGCGGAGUGCGGGACGCGACCAGCGAGGGCAGCGUGGCUCCACAUCUGGACAGUGAUACGGGCCGCUACGUGGGUGACGAGGACUGCCUCUUCCUCAACGUCUACACGCCGCGGCUUCCUUCGGAGGCCACCAGGGAGCUGCUGCCUGUGAUGGUGAUGGUGCACGGCGGAGGGCUGGUGCACCUGUCUGGGAGCAGCCAGUGGUGGGGGCCGGACUUCCUCGUACGGCGCGGCGUCGUCGUGGUUUCCUCCAACUACCGGCUCGGAGUACUGGGUUUCCUGGCUACCGGCGACUCCGUGGUGCCCGGCAACAUGGGCUUCAAGGACCAGGUGAUGGCGUUGCGCUGGGUGCGCGACAACAUCGCCAGCUUCGGCGGGGAUCCUGACAACGUCACCAUCUUCGGGGUCAGCGCAGGCGGCUGGUCUUGCCACGCGCUGAUGAUGUCGCCGCUAGCUAAGGGGCUGUUUCGGCGAGUGAUCGCGCAGAGCGGCGUGGCAGUGGGCGACGGCGCAUUCAGCGCGCGGGUGCCGGAGCGCUCGUUCACGCUGGCUGCCCACCUCGGCCUCACGACAACAGACUCCAGACAGCUGCUCGACUUCCUGGCGCGCCAACCCGCCAUAGCGCUCGUCGAGAACACUCUUCAAGGUCGCACCGCGGAGGACAAGGCGCGUGGGCUGAUGUUCCCCUUCGUGGGCACCGCUGAGGUGGCGGGAGAGGGCGCCUUCCUGACGCGCCACCCCGAGGACAUCCUGCGCAGCGGCGACUUCCAGCUGCUGCCGCUCAUCACGGGCGCCACCGCCUUCGAGGGCUCACUCUUUCUCCCAGGUCUGCUGAAGGAGCCGAAGAUCGUAACGAAUUACGCUGUGAACCACCGGCUACUCAUUCCAUACAACCUCCGGUGCAGAGACGAGGACAGGGAUGCAGUGGCAGAACAGAUACGCAGUUUCUACUUCGGAGACCGAGCGAUUUGUAUGGAAACUGUGAAGGAGCUUUGCAUGCUGCGAGGCGACGCGAUGUUCACCUUCCCCGCAGUGAGAGCGGCAACAGCUCACAGCGCUAAGUCUGUGGCACCUGUGUACUUUUACAAAUUAGAUACCUUCAGAAAAAUGGUCCUAGGAGAUACAGUUCCAGAAGAGGUGAAGCAACAGGCGGAUAAAACUGAUGCUGCCGGCCAUGGAACAGACUUGGGAUACCUGUUUCGAUGUGUACUCUAUCCUGAGAUACCAGAACCAAGUUCUCCCGAUGGGAAGAUCAUUGACACGAUGACACGACUAUGGACAGACUUCGCCAAGACAGGGAGUCCGGCGCCUGGGGCGGCGGAGGGCAAAGAGCUGCAGGCGGCGGCGGCGGCGGCGGCGGCGGCGGCGGCGCGGUGGCCGGCGUUCAGCGAGGAGGCGGGCGCCUACCUGCUGGUCAGCCCCGGCGGCUUCAGCGUCGCCCACAGGCCUUUCGCCCAGCGGGUCGCUUUCUGGGACAGCUUGUACACCCGCUACAGUGAUUAGCCUCAUUCUGCAGUAGGAAACAGGAUACUCGUGUAUUUGGAAUGGCCUUUGUGAAGCACUGUUAAAUUCUUUUCUAACUAGAUCUAAUUCUAUUAGCACUGUCAGUACAGUAAGUUACUGACAAGGCAAGGUCUUAUGAUGUAUGCGGAUGAACAAUCAUAUUCGUACAUUCCAUUAAAUGAACAAACCCACCUCCUCACCACCUAAAAAAAUGGCCAAAAUCGUUUCAAAUCUGUGACACUAACAACACGCCUCAAGGCUCUACCGUUGGUCUCACUUGCAAAUCACCCCCACUCUGAUUUUAAGUGUGUGUGUGCAACUAAAUUCUACAAAUUACGGCAAACCGUACAGAGAUCUGCACUCAGCCUAGACUUGUAUAUACAGGGUGUCAAUAAAGAGUUCCAGUUUUAAAAAUCUGUAGAAACGGGACCACCGCUCAGAAUGACGUCGAAUUUGUUCAAAAAUGGUUCAAAUGGCUCUGAGCACUAUGGGACUUAACAUCUGAGGUCGUCAGUCCCCUAUAACUUAGAGCUACUUAAACCUAACUAACAUAAGGACAUCACAUACACCCAUGCCCGAGACAGGAUUCGAACCUGCGACCGUAGCAGUCCCACGGUUCUAGACUGAAGCGCCUAAAACCGCUCGGCCACACCGGCCGGCGUCGAAUUUAUAAAAAUUAUUAUUGUAGCAGAGGGAAAUGUCAUGGGCCAAAAAUAAAUUAAUUAACGAAAAUUUUACCAAUACAUGGUGCUGUAAGCGUCUUAAGCAAAUGGGGUCGCCUACAAACGCCAGAUGAAUCGCAAUACGACGGCUAGGGUUUCAGUGGCUCAAUGCACGUGCCUACACAAGUUUGGCAGGCAACAGUUGUGGCACUGUUAGUUAAUUAAGCCCAUUCACCACGGCAACGUCGUACCACAUAGGAUGGGAAAAUCGGUUUUUAAUUGCCCUGGGGCCAAAAACCUCAUAAAAACCAAAAUGACAUUUUUUGACUUUCCUGAGGCCAAAACCCGCACACAAAGCAAAAUGACAUCCGUUUCUAAUUGUUGUGAGACUGGCGCAAGAGAUGUUCAGUAAGUUGUCCACCGUUUUCUGCCACAAGCUGAAAUCGAGAAGCAGCAUGUUCCACAACAGAUCGAACUGUCUCAGGGGUCAAGUUCAGAAUGCGUUGAGCAAUGCGCGGCUUCAGUUCAGCUACGUUCCUAGUUGGAGCACUGAAGACAACAUCUUUCAGAUGACCUCACAGCUAGAAGUCACACGGAUUAAAAGCAGGUGAGCUGGAGGGCCAGGUUGUACGAAAACGAUGGCUGAUAAAUCCAGCAUGUUCGAAAUGCCUCUGCAGCAGCUGCUUCACUGGAAGUGAAGUGUGCAGAGGAGAGCCAUCUUGCUUGAAAAUGAUCCUACCCUCACACCAACGCUGUCACAGGGUUGGAAUGACGUUCGUGCGCAAAGGACUCUCACAGCGUUUACCAUUGAUGUUUCAGGUAACAGGGCUCGCAGGAUCAUUUCUUGGAAGAAAUACGACCCUACGACAAACGAUGCCGUCAACCUGCAACACAGUCACCGUUGUAGAUUGAUGUGGUAUCGGUUGAUGAGCAUGCGUAUUUUUCGUUGCUCAGGCUUUGCAGUUCUACUUACUGACAUGUUGUUCGAAAUGGGCUUUGCCUGUCCACAUAAUGUCUAUGGCUAUUCACUCUCCUCUUCCAAGCCAGCAUGAAAAUCCAAAGCAAACAUUUCUCUUCUUGGCAGGUCAGCAGGAAGCAAUUCCUGAACAUAGGUGAUUUUGUAUGGAUAGCGAUGCAUGAUGUUUCGUAGGACUUUAUGCACCCUGCCUGAAGGCAUUUCCAACGUACGAGAAAUUUACCGUGCGCGGCAUGAUUGCAGACUCCGCUCGAUCCCUCCUGCAAUGGCCACAUCUUCAACAGACGUCAGAUAAACUGCUUUCCUCCCUCUGGGCAUUGCACUUGAAAAUAAAUUGUCUUUUCGAAUUUUGUAACUAUUUUCUCCAGACACUAAACAGACACAGUAUCACUGCUCUUUUUCAUACUCUUGAGUGUCCGGAACAGUUGCAGGUCUACUGGUGCACAGUCACCGGUCUUGUAAAAGAGGCUCACCAGUAGCACGCGAUCUGUCAUGGACACAAUCAUAUUUGGCGUUUCGGAUGCAAACAGAGGAACAUCCAUGCGCCGCGUAUCGGGUUGGCGCGCAUAUUCUGAAGCUUACAGCGCCAUCUAUUGGUCCAGUUCUCAUAAAUUUGUUUUUAUUCCAUGACAUUUUCCCCAGCAUCAACAAUAUACUGUUCAAAUUUAACGUCAUUCUAUGCAGUAGUUCUCUUUCUACAGCGUUUCCAACUGUAACUUGAACUAUCGACAUCCUGUACACCUCUCCUCACAUCAACACGCAACUUAUCCCAACGCAAAAAGUCCUCAUUUUCUUCGAACCCCUUCGAACCCACUUCAUUAACUGCACAAUCAAGUCCUAUCAUAGGAGCAUAGUCUAAAAUAAAAGUGUUCAGAAAUAUCUGAUUUCAUAAUACGCAUGAAACCUUUAUAUGAUUUGAAGAGUGUGUUCUGAAGUUUACACGAGUAAGUUACAACCAUUCCACGUGACAACGAACCUGAAGCCCAGAACCGAAAAAUCUUAUCCGUUUUCGAUUAAACUUCUUAGAAACAUGAAAUCCCUAAGCAACUCGUGGUAAUUUCACCUCCAAUCCUUGUCAAACUAGGCCUGUAAGUAAGUUAAUGGCUCUAUAAAUUAAUAAUUAAAUUGUAAUAGCAUAAUUUCUCCACUGUAUUUGUAAAUGUGAUCUAUAGAUGAAUAAAGCUACUACUACUGCUACUAAUACUA